UAUUGUUCCACGUUCAAUAGAACAGAUUGAGAGGUUAAUAUGCCGAUGUCAUGGAAUACAGAAUAUGUCUCAAUUACAUAAUACUGACAGUGUUCGGGUUGCCCAUAAAACAUUGGAACAAGCAAAUGAAAUAGUGCCAAUUUCUUAUUGUGAUAACAAAAAUAGGGAGCAAUGUAACACUGUUGCUGAAUUAGCCAAAAUGCAAUCUGAAGAAGCUGGGUGUAAAAGAUUUUGCUACAAGGAAACCUAUUGGUGAAAACACUUAUAUACCUCAUACACCAAUGAGGGCUGUCAUUCCCAAAACAUGUGUAGCUAAGACGCAGGUCAUGGUGAAAGAUGGUGAGAAUACCGGAAGAGUUCCAGCCAUUCAGCUGAAUCCCCGCCCAGUGCCAAAGAAACAGCAGGUUGUCCUGCCGACAGUGUCAACACCGCCAAAGUUUUCCAGUCAGCAAGUGCCUGAGCCACCAAAGAAGUGUCACGACUCGAUAGCAGAGGCUUUGAUUAAUGUUCAGAAUAUAUUCCAGACCGUAUGGGAAACAAUAGACCAUUGGUGUACUGCAAUACAAAGUGCCAUCAAGGAGCCUACCUCUGAGAUUACGAGGAACUCAGAAAUGGUCCUGGAGAAACUAGUACCAUUAGUGACAGACCUACGCCACAAGUACCACCUGUGUCUUUCAUUUCCACCUCUUGACAUCCGCAACAGAAGAGCUGAGUUUGAUGACUUGUGCAAUCAUCUCAGACUGUUCUUCACCACUCUCAACAUGGAUUCUACGCAUAGCACUGCUGUCAUGACAGAUGAUCUGUUGGUGUUUUUUGGAACACUGGAUAAGAGACCUACGCUACAGGCAGGACUUAGCCAACUUGACGUAAUGAUCCAGGCUCUCUAUGAGUGUGUGAAGCGGAUGCCAGACUGAGUUUAGGGUGUAACAAGCAGAGAUCAAUGUGUGAAACAUGCCAGAUUAACAUCAGAUUGUGUGAAGCAGAUACCAGAUUGACAUCAGAUUGUGUGAAGCAGAUACCAGAUUGACAUCAGAUUGUGUGAAGCUGAUACCAGAUUGACAUCAGAUUGUGUGAAGCAGAUACCAGAUUGACAUCAGAUUGUGUGAAGCUGAUACCAGAUUGACGUCAGAUUGUGUGAAGCUGAUACCAGAUUGACAUCAGAUUGUGUGAAGCAGAUACCAGAUUGGCAUCAGAUUGUGUGAAACAGAUGCCAGAUUGACAUCAAAUUGUGUGAAGCUGAUACCAGAUUGACAUUAGAUUGUCUGAAGCAGAUAGCAGAUUGACAUCAGAUUGUGAGAAGCUGAUACCAGAUUGACAUCAAAUUGUGUGAUGCAGAUACCAGAUUGAUAUCAGAUUAUGUGAAGCAGAUACCAGAUUGACAUCAGAUUGUGAGAAGCUGAUACCAGAUUGACAUCAAAUUGUGUGAUGCAGAUACCAGAUUGAUAUCAGAUUAUGUGAAGCAGAUACCAGAUUGACAUCAGAUUGUGAGAAGCUGAUACCAGAUUGACAUCAAAUUGUGUGAUGCAGAUACCAGAUUGAUAUCAGAUUAUGUGAAGCAGAUACCAGAUUGUGAGAAGCUGAUACCAGAUUGACAUCAGAUUGUGAGAAGCUGAUACCAGAUUGACAUCAGAUUGUGAGAAGCUGAUACCAGAUUGACAUCAGAUUAUGUGAAACAGAUAACAGAUUGACAUCAUAUUGUCUGAAGCAGAUAUCAGAUUGUGUGAAUCGGAUACUAAAUUGACAUCAGAUUGUGAUCAGAUUUUAUGAAGCAUGUGACAGAUUGAGAUCAGUAUAUGAAGCUGAUGUAAGAUUGAGAUCAGUUUAUGAACCGGAUGUUAGACACCUACUUAGUGAUAAUUUGUUGCUCUUGGUCUGGUGCUUGACAAUUUUUGUUUACAAAGACUGGUACUUGCUGUGUUGUUUGAGAAUGUAAUUAUCCCUUGCAUGGUCAACCACUGUGGCAUAUUUUUGAUACCUAAUGGUUGCUAAUUAAACAAUGUGCUGAAGUUGUGUUCAGCAUUCCUUCCUUUCAAUAAAACGGGUGAUAUUAACUUUUUAGCUUGCUUGAAAUACAUAUUAAGACUUUAUAUUGUUAUCAGAACACUACAUUUUGUGUAAAAUAUGUUGUUACUACAUUACAGUUCAUUCAAUCAACUAAAUAAACCUCAGUGCCUUGACAUAUAACACAAAAGGGACUCGUCUAAGUUGUUAAUGUACUGUUGGUUUUGUAAUUUUGUUGCUUUAUUUGAAGAACAAAAAAUGUAUAUACAGUGAAACCCCGCUAUUAAGACCACCCAUGGGACUUAAUAAAUAUGGUCUUAUUAGCGGGGUGGUCUUAUUAGUGGGUUACUAUCUUUUUAAGUUGGAUUCCAAAUUAUAUACAAUUAUAACAUAAGAAAUAGAUUGCAAAUAUAAUUUAUUUACAGUGAGCACUAAAAUAGAAUUAAGAACUAAUGUCAAUAUGAAUUUAUAAAUACUGAAUAUUAGUCGAAUUAUGUGAAAAUGUGUCAAUUUGACAUUUCUAAUAGCAAUGUUGCGUAUAAAAAUAUAUCGAAAUAGUGAUAGUAUGACUACAAUAUUCAUGUUUUGUUUUCAGCACUUUGACACAACUCGCUCAAAAUACACAAACUCACUUUGUCAAUGUCGCCUCUCUAAAUAACACUUGUUUUGUUACCUAUUGGGUUAGUCGGUCACCUUGAUGGAGUGAUAUUCCAAUUAAAAAUUUGAUUCGCCCUGUCUCGUUAGGAUGACUGAAUGUGUAUAUUCAACUAAAUGACAAUACACAUUUGUCGACACAAUUUCAGAGUAAUCAACUUUCUGGGCUGGGCAUUAAAAGCAAUUGCAGUGAUGCUCUGCUUAAUAAGUUACAUAAUUUGUUUAGUCAGUGUGUUUCUUUAUAAAUGUAUUAAUUAGCAUAUUACUGUAAUCCGAAUGUGUGCAGGCUUGUUGGUCACUUGACUGUCUGUAGUAUGAAAACAACCAAUCAGCGCAUUACAUCGCUCAUUAAUAUUAACUAGGUGAUAAUGUUUUCCGGAAACUAAAAGUAGGGGUAUCCUUUUUACAAUCAACAGAUUAAACUAAAAUGAUUACUCUUUGACUGUACUACCUGUCAGUGUCAUUUGUUAACAAUCAGCAAAAACAAAGAAAUCAUUAGAUGCGUGACUUUUUAACACUUGUGUAAACUAAAAAUGCAGAAAUUUUGCUAUCAUAAUAAUAUGGUCGCUUUGACGAAACGACCAUUGGGACUGACUUUAUUGGUCGUAAUCAUCAACAGCGGGGUGGUCUUAAUACCGGGGUAGUUUUACCUAUAAAAUGAUAUGGAAAUAUUCCGGUCUUUAAAAAUGAGGUCUUAAUACUGGGGUGGUUGUUAGGUGGGGUUUCACUGUGUGUGUAUAUGUAUAUGUACAUGUACAUAUAUAUUAUGUUUGUUUACAAUAUUGAAUUGUAAAAUGUUAGUACAAGUUUACAUUGUGGUGAAAUUACUUUCUAAAUGAGAGGCUAUGGCCUUCGUGUCCAGUACAGAAUUUGCCAUAUUGUCAAAAAGUCCAGUUAAAUUCUAGUGUAAUAUAAUAUUUUUAUUACUGGUACUCAUAUAUAUUAAAUACAAAUAACAGAUGAUGGUUGUUUUAGUAGACAUACAUUGUAUCAUCAGUGACAGAAUUUGUCAAUAUUUUCUAUACAUUAUUAUCUACUUGCCUUUGUGCUUGAAAUAAUAGCAGAUUAGACACUAGACCUGUAGAAUCAUGUCUGUUGUGAGAUUGGAGACCGACACUAGACCUGUAGAAUUGUGUCUGUUGUGAGAUUGGAGACCGACACUAGACCUGUAGAAUUGUGUCUGUUGUGAGAUUGGAGACCGACACUAGACCUGUAGAAUUAUGUCUGUUGUGGGAUUGGAGACCGACACUAGACCUGUAGAAUUAUGUCUGUUGUGAGAUUGGAGACCGACACUAGACCUGUAGAAUCAUGUCUGUUGUGAGAUUGGAGACCGACACUAGACCUGUAGAAUCAUGUCUGUUGUGAGAUUGGAGACCGACACUAGAUCUGUAGAAUUAUGUCUGUUGUGAGAUUGGAGACCGACACUAGACCUGUAGAAUUAUGUCUGUUGUGAGAUUGGAGACCGACACUAGACCUGUAGAAUCGUGUCUGUUGUGAGAUUGGAGACCGACACUAGACCUGUAGAAUCGUGUCUGUUGUGGGAUUGGAGACCGACACUAGACCUGUAGAAUCGUGUCUGUUGUGGGAUUGGAGACCGACACUAGACCUGUAGAAUUGUGUCUGUUGUGGGAUUGGAGACCGACACUAGACCUGUAGAAUUGUGUCUGUUGUGGGAUUGGAGACCGACACUAGACCUGUAGAAUCGUGUCUGUUGUGAGAUUGGAGACCGACACUAGACCUGUAGAAUCGUGUCUGUUGUGAGAUUGGAGACCGACACUAGACCUGUAGAAUCGUGUCUGUUGUGAGAUUGGAGACCGACACUAGACCUGUAGAAUCGUGUCUGUUGUGAGAUUGGAGACCGACACUAGACCUGUAGAAUCGUGUCUGUUGUGAGAUUGGAGACCGACACUAGACCUGUAGAAUCGUGUCUGUUGUGAGACUGGAGACCGACACUAGACCUGUAGAAUCGUGUCUGUUGUGAGACUGGAGACCGACACUAGACCUGUAGAAUCGUGUCUGUUGUGAGACUGGAGACCGACACUAGACCUGUAGAAUCGUGUCUGUUGUGAGAUUGGAGACCGACACUAGACCUGUAGAAUCGUGUCUGUUGUGAGAUUGGAGACCGACACUAGACCUGUAGAAUUAUGUCUGUUGUGAGAUUGGAGACCGACACUAGACCUGUAGAAUUGUGUCUGUUGUGAGAUUGGAGACCGACACUAGACCUGUAGAAUCGUGUCUGUUGUGGGAUUGGAGACCGACACUAGACCUGUAGAAUCGUGUCUGUUGUGAGAUUGGAGACCGACACUAGACCUGUAGAAUCGUGUCUGUUGUGAGAUUGGAGACCGACACUAGACCUGUAGAAUCGUGUCUGUUGUGAGAUUGGAGACCGACACUAGACCUGUAGAAUCGUGUCUGUUGUGAGAUUGGAGACCGACACUAGACCUGUAGAAUCGUGUCUGUUGUGAGAUUGGAGACCGACACUAGACCUGUAGAAUUAUGUCUGUUGUGAGAUUGGAGACCGACACUAGACCUGUAGAAUUAUGUCUGUUGUGAGAUUGGAGACCGACACUAGACCCUGUAGAAUUAUGUCUGUUGUGGGAUUGGAAGGAGGGGGAAUCAUGAAUAAAUGUUUGUUCAUCAAAUAGUGCCAAACCAUUGACAGUUGUGACAUACUUUCUACUGGAAUAAUGUUCCAGUAUUUGUAAUACAUUAGUAAAAUGUUUUGUAUCCAA